CAACGGGCCUAGAAGUAGCUAAAGGGUUAAUUAUUGCAAUGGUGACCAUGCUCGCCUACUUGAGCAAGAAGAUCAGCAUUCCCAAUGACACCUUUGUAAGCAGCCUGGCCUGGCAUUCAAAGGAGGGAUGGCUGGCAGUAGGAGGUAACACUGGCCUGCUUAGAGUACUGAAACUUGAGCUACAAGCACAAGAUAAAGAUGCUAAAGUUAAAGGAUUGGCUGCUCCUAGCACAUUGGCAAUGAAUCAGACCUUAGAAGCACAUCAUGCUCCAGUGGUGGGUGUAACUUGGAACGAUAAAGAAAAUAAACUUACUACCUGUGACCAGAACGGGCUCAUUGUGGUAUGGGUACUGUACAAGAACUCGUGGGCUCAGGAAAUGAUUAAUAACAGGAAUAAGAGCCCAGUCUCAAUGAUACAAUGGAACGAAGAUGGACAAAAGAUAUGUAUUGUUUAUGAAGACGGUGCAGUGAUAGUGGGAUCUGUUGAUGGUAACAGGAUCUGGGGCAAAGAGCUAAGAGGAGCUACCUUAACACUUACCCAGUGGUCACCAGACAGUAAAAUCCUAUUAUUUGGUAACAGCCAGGGAGAGAUUCUCAUUUAUGAUAGUCAUGGGGCAUACAAUAGUAAAAUGACUCUACAUUGUUUAGCUAACUACACAGGCUCAGUCAAGCUGGUUAGUAUCCAAUGGUACAGUGGCUCCAAUGGCUACAUCUCUUCCAACGUCCCUUGUCUUGCCGUUGCCUUUGAUAACGGCCGAAUACAAGUCAUGAGACACGAGCUCGACGAAAAGCCGGUGAUUAUCAAUGCCCCUGUAAGCGUGAAGACCAUCUCUUGGAAUUACAAUGGGUCUAUAUUGGCAGUUGCUGGUUCUCAGAUGAGGACCGAUGAUAAGGAGAUCAGUAUAGCUCAGUUUUACAGUCCUAUGGGAAAGUUACUCUAUUCAUUGCGUAUACCUGGUCGUGGGCUCACAGCAGUAGCAUGGGAAGGCACUGGAUUAAGAAUAGCAUGUGGUGUUGGACCUUACAUAUACUUUGCUAACAUUCGCUAUAAUUACAAGUGGGCGUUCUUUGCUAAUACUGUUGUGUACUCGUACAAGAAGCCCGGGACGCUCCAGGAGUGUGUCAUGUUUUGGAACGUUGAAGAGCAAGAGCUUAACGUGAAGACCUGCCAGCGCCUCAUCUUAAUGACAUCCACCACUGACUACGGACUACUGGUAACAGAAUCAGUUACUUUAGAGAAUCAGUACUCACUGUUACUAUGCAAUUCUCUUGGGAUACCAGUAGACACUAAAUAUCUGCCAUUUGAGCCCACAUUUGUUAGUCUAUCAAAGACUCAUAUUGUUGCUGCUACUGGCAAUGUAUUGUUUGUUUGGUACUACCGGACUGCCUCAAGGCUUGCUGCCCCUGAGCUCAACACUGCUGUCAGCAAAGCAUUGGAGACAAAGGACAAGCUGUUUCAUAUUGAUGAGAGGGUCACUGAUGAGACCGGGGUUGACUUUGAAUGCGUCCGUAAGGAGACAGUUGACCCUAUAAGUGGAAUUACUGCUUCUGAUCAACUACUGAUAGUUGGUAGAAUGUCAGGGUCCAUUCACACGUACACGCUGCCUCAGCUGUCACUCGUGAUGACUUUUGCUGUCCAGUGUCAGCCAGUUCAUCUUGGGCUCAAUAUGGACUCUACCAUGCUCUCUGUAGUGGACAAUGGUGGAAUGUUUAGCCUUUACCACAUGAGUGAUGGAUCCAAGCUGGCCCUGGAGAGGAAGGAGGUAUGGGGUGUGAAAUGGGCUGAUGAUAAUCCUGACCUCUUUGCCAUCAUGGAGAAGACCAGGAUGUACAUAUUCAGAGGCCUUGAUCCUGAGGAGCCUGUUAUUAGUUCAGCCAGCAUAUGCUCAUUCUCUAAUCUUCAAGUUAAGGCAGUCCUGCUAGAUGAACUAAUGAAAACUCCAGACACUCCAGUUGCUGAGCUAGUUGUUAAUCUUGAUGUGAAGUCACUGAGAGAUACAAGGCAGUUAUUGGAAAAAGUUGGAUUCGAUGACACAUUUCAAUUCAUUAAUGACAACCCUCACCCAAGGCUAUGGCAGUUAUUGGCUGAGUCGGCUCUGAAGUCUUUCAAUUUUGAAAUAGCACGAAAAGCUUUUGUGUGCUGCUCUGACUAUCAGGGGAUUCAGUUUGUGAAAAGGCUUCAGAAACUAACAUCAAAGGAGAUCGUGAGAGCUGAAGUAGCAGCAUAUUAUGAUGAUUUUGAUGAGGCAGAAAGAUUGUAUAUACAAAUGGACAGAAAGGACCUUGCAAUUGAGCUAAGAGUAAAGUUAGGUCACUGGUUUCGUGUGCUGCAGUUACUGAAGUCUGAUGGAUCUUUAGCUACUGAUGUACAAAUGGCUCAAGCAUGGAAUUCCAUUGGUGACUAUUAUGCAGAGAGAGAUAUGUGGGAACAUGCUUUGGGGUAUUACACUCAGGCUAGCAACACAGAGCUAAUGGCUAAAGCCUUCUUUAUACUGGAGAAGUUUGAUUCACUGGAAUCACUAGCAGAUACCCUACCAGUCAACCAUCCUUUAUUACCAGACUUGGCUCUCAAGUUUUAUAACAUGGGUAUGUGCAUACCAGCAGUCUCUGCUUAUCUUAAAUCAGGGAAUGCAACAGCUGCAUUAAAUUGCUGCGUUGAUUUGAAUCAGUGGGAUAAAGCUAUACAAUUGUCUAAGGAGCAUGGGCUCAAAGACGUCACACAAUUGCUUAGGAAUGCAGUCAAAGAGCUAUUGGAUGGAGGACAGAUCAUACCGGCAAUUGAGUUGUAUAGGAAAGCAGGAUAUUUCCUCGAAGCUGCUAAACUUAUAAAUGAUGUAGCAAAGCUUGCUGGAGGACAGGGAAAGCUGAGUCCGUUGAAAAUUAAGAAGAUGUAUGUUCUUUCUGCUCUAAUGGUUGAAGAGUAUCGAUCUAGUAUCAAGACUAGUGCACCAAGGAAAAAACAAACCAACAGCUCAGGCCUUAGUUCAACGAUACAAGGACUCCUGGUAGAGGACACCCUAGGAGAUACUGCAUUGCUUGAUAAAGGAUGGCGUGGAGCUGAAGCCUAUCACUUAUUUGUACUGUCACAGAAACAAUUCUAUUCUAAAGACACUGAGAGCAGUCUCAAGACAGCAAUGAUUGUGCAGAGUUACAGUGAUGUACUUUCAGCAGUUGAGAUGUACAGUCUUGUUGCUUUAACUGGUUGUGCAUGUCAAGCAUACUCUGUUGCUUCACAAGCCCUAAUGAAGUUGGAGUGUUCUCCAUCUCUCUCAAGCAGUCAAUUAGAAAUGUAUGAAGAGUUGGGAGUUGAGAUAUUCAGACAGCAUCCACCACGCAGUAAAACUACGCCUCUUUCCUGUCCUACAUGUGACACCAGUUUAUAUGAGUGGGUUACUCCUUGCCCAGGCUGUAACUCCAAUCUUGUGAUAUGCAUGGGGUCAGGCUCCAUUACUGAGUCUGAUUCAUGCUGGUUAUGUCCACAUUGCAAGCAUUACACUCGUACAGAUCUCUCGUGUCUCCUUGCUACUUGUCCUUUGUGUCACUUCACUAUCACUUAAGAGAAGCCUCUCUGGUCUAGUAUAACUUAUGACUAACAUAAUUCAUUGAUAUUAAACUAUAAUGCUCUAUCUUUCACCAUCUCUUUACUGGCAAAUACAAUCUUAUAGCAAAAUAAA